UCCUUCUAUUUCUCUUCACUGUACUGUUUUGGUGACGAGUUUGAAGACAGUCAUGUCUCUGAAUAUCAUGAUGAGGAACAUUUUACUGAGUUUCCUCUUUGUUUCAAGGACUUUGGCUUGUUCUGAUGACGCAGAACUGUUCAUCACUGCACCGGAAAAGUUGGAAGCCCUGAGUGGAUCUUGUCUCCUAAUCCCUUGUAAUUUCAGGACUGCAGGAGAAACUCAGUUUGACAGCAGCAGAACCACUUUUGGAGUGUGGAUUAAAAAUGAUAAGAAUUUUGGCCCCCAUCCAGAGAAUGUGAUUUUCAACAGUAGUCGGCAGGAUAGCGGAUACCCGAUGGAGAUCACUGGAGACCUGUCUAAAAAGAACUGCACCACACUGUUUCAUCAUCUAACGACAAGUUACUCACACAAUUAUUUCUUUAGAGUAGAGAACUGGCCAUACAAGGCAACAGCUAUUUGUGAACGUCUUCAAAUCAACAUUGAAGAUUCUCCUCCGAGGCCCACAUUACAAGUCUCAGGUGAUCAGAAUGAGCUGAAGGAGAAGGAGUCUGUCACUAUAACCUGCUCAGCUCCCACUCCCUGUCCACACCUCCCUCCUCGACUCACCUGGAGCCUCCAACAAGACGCUCACAGCCAAACAGAGGAAAACACAGAUGGAACUUUAACCACUAAGAUCCAGCAGACCAUCACUCUGUCAGACCAACAUGAUGGAUUCAAGCUCAGCUGCUCUGCUGUGUAUCCUGUUGAUGGAGGAGAACUUGUGAAAACAGCUGUGGCAGAGUUCACUCUCAGAGUUUCUUAUGCUCCUAAAGACACGUCAGCCUCCAUCAGUCCAUCAGGUUUGGUGUCUGCAGGGAGCUGGGUGAACCUGACCUGCUCCAGCAGAGCCAGACCUGCUGUCAGCUACACCUGGUUCAAGAUCAGUGAUCAUGGAGCAGUCAGAGUGUCUGAAGGAGACUUUUACAGCUUUAAUGUGACGGAAGGAGGAGCUUAUUACUGUGUGGCUGCAAAUGAUCUGGGACGUCAGACUUCAGAGCAGAUUCAUCUUUUGAGAGAAGCAGACGAUCAGAGGUUUGGACUCGGAGUCCUCGUUAUUCUGAAGAUCGUGGGAAUCAUAGCUCUCUGCAGUUCAGUCGUCAUCGUUGAGUGCUGGCUCAGAAUGAGAUUUCGCGACAAACCGGUGAAGGACUCACAAGAAGCAGACUAUGUCAACACAGUGGAGGAGAGUCGAGCCUCUUGAGGAGAAGAAGAAGAUGUUAAAUCCAUCAUCAGUGAUGUGAUUUAUUCUUUCGAAUUAUGUCGAACGACAUGUUUGUCAUUCACGUAGUGAAAUCUGUUGUUUGGUGGAUCACAGAGUUUUUCAGUGUUGUAGAGAUGAACUGGUUCUGAUCAGUAGAGGAUAAACAGACACGUGAUUCACAGCUUGAUAUUUUCUUUGUGCAUUUAAAUUACUUUAAUCUGCAUUUCUUAAUUGAUGUUGUUCAAGUUUAUGUUGAUUUCAUGAGUAAAAUGUAUCUUCACUGUAUUCUUGUUUGUUCUUGUUGUAGUUGUUUGAAUGUUUUAUCAACAGAAGUGUUUUCCUUUUGAUUAAAAC